GUUAAGCGCUGUGCGAAGCCCCGCCCCGGUGUGGAUUGUUUGGAGCGGUCACAGGGGCUGAUGGUGGACAGAGCAGGAUGGCAGCCGGACUAAAGGGACAUGUGUGAGAACUGAAGUGUUUGGAAAUCCACUUUUGGCUGAGUGUGGCGAGGAAGAGCCAUGCCGCUGUUGAAGAGGAACAUCGAGCCCCGGCACCUGUGCCGCGGUGCGCUGCCCGAGGGCGUGGGCAGUGAGCUGGAGUGUGUAAUGAACAACACGCUAUCUGCAAUCAUCCGCCAGCUUAGUAGCCUCAGUAAGCAUGCGGAGGACAUAUUCGGCGAGCUGUUCCACGAAGCUAACGCGUUUUAUCUGCGCGCGAACUCCCUGCAGGAUCGCAUCGAUCGCCUCGCUGUCAAGGUCACUCAGCUGGACUCCACCGUGGAGGAGGUCUCUUUGCAGGACAUUAAUAUGAGGAAGGCCUUUAAGAGCUCCACAGUACAGGACCAGCAGGUGGUGUCCAAGAGCAGCGUCCCGAUCCCUGUGACAGAGAUGUAUGAGCUGAGUGACCCGCCUCCACCCCUCAACAUCCUCUCGCGGUACAGGGACGAUAAUAAGGAAGGGCUGAAAUUUUACACGGACCCCUCGUACUUCUUUGACCUGUGGAAGGAGAAAAUGCUGCAGGACACCGAGGACAAGAGGAAAGAGAAAAGACGGCAAAAAGAGCAGAAGCGCUGUGUGGAUGGAACCCUGCAGAGAGAGGUGAAGAAGGUGCGAAAGGCUCGGAACCGGCGUCAGGAGUGGAACAUGAUGGCCUUCGAUAAGGAACUGAGGCCUGACCUGCGGCACGGUCACACAGUGCACAGAGCAGGAUCGUCUGAGGGCUCCAUGUCGCCAGAAAACAGUAGGUCUCACGGCCAAGACCACCUGGACCAUGGCUAUCUGACCAUGUCCAACCACACAGGCCACGCCCACACAUACUCCGGUCCUCCCCCUAGCAUGGCAGCCCUCUCCGCUCACGCCCACAUGAGCAUGGAGCAGGAGUACAGGACUGGGCCUAUGGCGUACCGCUCGGGCACGCUGGGCCGUCCACACCAGGCUCCGCCCCCUCCUCCACCCACAGAAUGCAUGAACGGCUCCAUGCCCCUACCACCUAUGGACUACAGUAUGGAUUACAUGAACUCAGCCCCGCCUCCUCCACCCCCAGCUCCUUUCAAUCCAUCAUCCCAAACUGCCUUCGCUAUUCCCCCCAUGGGCACACCACCAGGGCCGCCUGCCGUUGGCACAGGUUACAUCCUGCCUGGUUCACCUGCCUCUGGAGCACUGGCUGCUCCUCCUCCGCCAGGGCCGCCACCUCCUCCACCCAACACCUCCCAACCCAUCACACCCAAACGCCCACCAGUGCCCACUGAAGCCCCGCCCGUGAACGAUGCCCGCAGUGACCUGCUCGCAGCCAUACGUAUGGGUAUCCAACUGAAGAAGGUGCAGGAGCAGCAGGAGCAGCAGGCGAAGCGAGAGCCGGUGGGCAACGACGUGGCCACCAUUCUGUCCCGUCGCAUAGCCGUGGAGUACAGUGACUCCGAGGAUGACUCUGAGUUAGAGGAUAAUGACUGGUCUGACUAGAAACACACACACACACACACACACGCUUCCUUCCACCGUAGGACUGCAGUAUCUACAGAACACAGAUGUGCAGAAGCACUCAAAAGUUUGGACCUGGUCUAAUGUGUUUAUUAUCACUUUGAUCAAAAGUCUUAAUCCUGAAAGACGUAGAAAUUCACGACUGAUUUUAUUUUCAGGAAAGAAAAACACAGCUAGCUUUCUAAGAUUUUAUUUAGAGCGAAAAGCAGCAAAAAAGGUAAAGGCUCGACUGCUCAUGAAGCUGAAAGGCCGGAUGGUUUUGUGCCUUUAUAUUGAUAACAAACGCAGGUUUAUGUUUAUGUUAGAGUUCAAGUUAGCCUUAAUGCUCAAUAUAAGCGUUCAGUAUGAAUUCAUAAAAUAAAUAAAACUAAAUCAAAUCCCUCAAUCCUUUUAAUUCAUUUUCUACUAGAUCAAAUCUGUUCAAACUUGACAUCAUGUCGGCUUUAAAGAAGGUAAACGGCAAAAAAAAAAAUGCAAAAAAAUCUGUACAGCUUAGUUUCUUAGUAAGUGGAUAAACUAGCUGAAGCAGCGUUUUAGGGGUCCAAGCACGAUGCGGUGCCCUGGAGAUGCUGAACACGUGAUUGGAGACAAUAAAAACUCACUGCUUUGUGUAAAGAUGAAAUCCUAAGUGCUUUUCAGACGGGAGAAGAUAUCUGUAGGUGCUGUAUGUCUGAUCGACGGAGGACGUUUCUGGUAAUCAUGAUGAGUUUGCGUGAGUUAAGUGACUUCUGGAUAAAUCAGAGCUAGGAGUGAAUUCAUGAUGUACAACACCAAGAACGCACACACACAUAUAUUGAAUCCAGAUCGAUUGUUUGAACCCGUCGCUUCGGACACGUCCUGUUAAACAUCAUCUUUAUAUAUUUUUUUUGGUACUGCGUUUCACUCGCUUUGGGUUCAGAGGGAGACGAUUGAAAAGAGCGAGCUCUUCCUCAUAUGUUUUAUACUGGAGAAAAAAAAACCGCAAACCCUCUGAACCCACCGGAGAGAGCAGGGUCAUCAUAUGGUGUAUUCUCGUAUACAGAGACGUAUACAAAGUAAUGGCACCCUGUGUAGUCUAAAAUAUUGGAAUAAUCUAGAAUGAUUUCCCUGUAAUGAUGGUGAUAGUGUAAGAUAUCUGCUUAAAUAUAAAAAUGAGCAUGAAAUAUCCUAGGCUACUGAAUAUUAAAAGAAGAAACUGGAAUAAAGAUUCUUUGACAAAUUAUGGAAGAAAUGUGGAAGUGUUUGUUGUGCCAUUUUUGGUGCUCGGACCCCUAAUAAAAUAUGGUGUGUCCAAACUUUUGACUGGUUCUGUACCUGACAUGAUGCUCAUCCAGCUGUUUUUGUUUAUUUAGAUAUUAGAUUAUUUUUGUUCUUUAGCUAAAAGCAGCUGCGAUGCUUUCCAAACUUUCUUUGUGAUUGUAACAAACUUUUCAAAACGAGAUGGUUAAAUAGAAAAACGCGCAGCUGAGAGAUCACAUCUCUGCAUGAAGCAGGACCUGGAGGUCACAUGACCUGGACAUCCCCUAAAGAGAGCCGAAGGAAAUAAGGAGCGGCGGUGACGGCUGGGCGAAAUCCGCUCCCGUCAGUGACGACGAGACUGAAAUGAAUCGUCUGCUCCGGGACCGGUCGAGCCCUCAUCAUGGAGACGGGUUCUUAGGGGACUGGCGUCUCUAUGGAAACAGUACAGCUGGGAUGCAGAUCUCCAUGGCAACGGCGGAGCCUAGGUGGCGAGCGGAUGAAAUAAAACAAGCGCAGGCCAGGGUUAUUUUUAAUGCACAGCACAUUCUUUUAAUACAAAAAUUAACAAGAAUCUCUCAAUUUUUUUUUUCUUUGAAACUAACCAAAGCAAUAAAAAGAGAGCACUAACACCUUGGAAAAAUAUACACCACAUUCACGUAAUGUCUUACAACAUCUCAGUUAAAUAGUGCAUGUUGAUUAUCGUUCUUUUUAAUAAUCAUUUUGCAGAUACGUCAUUUUUUUUUGUUGUUGUUGUUGUUGUUGUGCCAUUUCUCAAAAAAUAAAGUGCAUUUCACAGUUAAAGACUA